UCAUACAUGAAAAUAGAACAUUGGCGUCGCAUGUGCCUGUUCUCAAAAUCACCGCGCGGAUAAAAGACGUUUUAUAAUAAGUUAAGUGUUGUAAUCUGUUCUGGUCGCUAGUUAUCAAGGGUAACUCGAGAUGCUUCGCACGGUACGGCAAUUAUCCAAGCAACCUCCUGCUCUUACGCGAGGCCUCCGCGGGCUCAUACCGGAGCUCGCACCCACUUUAGAACAGCGGAUGGAAAUGCUAAACCCGUGGAAUCAGGAGCUGCAUGCCAGAGUCAAUAUUGGUUUUUACGAGAGGUGGAAGACUCCUCAAUCGAAAAAACUCGCAAAGCAACGGCUCGCACAGUGGAAGAUCUUGAAAAGGAAUCACGAACGAAUGGCGCUCGCCAAAAGUGGAAAACUGCUACUAGACUAUGAUAAGCAAAAAGAAAUCUGGGCAGAAGGCAAUUUCCGUACUCAUAUUAAAUUAGCCGCGGACCACUACAAAAUAUUUCAUGAUCUCUACGAGUACGGCUACUUCUUCCCAACCACAGUUCUCAAUGUGCGUUAUCCAUUAAACGAAGAAGAGUUCGCGCCGGUCUACAUGGGUAAUAUCAUGUCCGCAUCGGAUACAGCGUCAGUGCCUGAGGUGGCAUAUGCUGCCGAAGAAGGCGAGCUCUUUACCCUGGUCAUGACUUCGCUUGAUUCGCACCUCGAAGUGCCACAAAACGAGUAUCUCCACUGGCUGUUAACUAAUAUUCCAGGUAACGAUAUUUCGAAAGGAACAUCUAUCUGUGACUACAUGCGCCCAUUCGUGCCGAAGGGCGCUGGUUAUCAUCGUUUCGUAUUUGUACUUUACAAGCAUAUGAAGGGAGAAAUCGAUCUGAGCGAUGAAAAGCGCACACCGAAAACAGCUUCGUUACGUGAGCGCACCUUCCGUACACUUGAUUUCUACCGAAAAUAUCAGGAUACCCUGACACCAUGCGCCAUUUCGUUCUUUCAAUGCAAGUGGGACGAUUCACUCAUGGAUUUCUUCCACAACAUACUCGAAAUGAAAGUUCCAGUGUUUGAGCAUAUACCUUUGGAUAAAGAUAAACUUCGCUUUAAAAAAUGGCCCGAAGGAGAGUCAUUUAACGAGUACAUUGACCUCUUCCGAGAUGAGAAGGAGAUCGCCGAAGAAGUCUAUUGCAAAAGACUCAAAGCACUCAACCCUUUCCAGGAAGAAUCGAGUGGCCUGAAAUUCCCACAUGCUCACGCGUUUCCACAGGGUACACCAUCGUGGUACCGAACAGAAAUUAGCCGUGAACGUUCCAAGAUGGGCAAGUAUCGGCAUCUGAGGCGAUUCUCACUUUACGAAGGAUCCGAAGAGGUUAACGUUAAACCGUACGACAGAUACGGCCCUCUAGAGGAAUAGACGAAGCUGUAAUUUUGAUUAAGUGCAGCAUACUGAAUUGUUUAGUCGUAGGGAGAAAGGCGCUUUUUGGCUAAUGACGAUCGUUGCUAGUUACGGAGAAAUAGAAGUGGAUAAGGAAAGAGGCAUAAUAGAGUCUAGUAACUUUCAGUCAAUAAAGAAAAUAGAACAAUAUCAUCGUUUUUAGAAACAUUCGUUUUCAUAACUUUAACUUAUCUAGAAAAGAGUAUCAUUACGGUGGAACCAGACACUUCUGGUUAGAGCCUCGUGGCAACUGCAAAUGUCACUAGACAUGAAAUGUCAGUAAGUAAUGUCAGUAGGUAUAUAUAUGUACUACGGAUCCGAGGUAAUAAAGGUGUUGGC